GGUAGCAUUGUUUUUGCUUUUGUCAGCUUCAUCCUAGCCACACGCCUUGGUCUUUCUUUUAAUCCCCAUUUUAUUUCAUGGACAUCAGAAUCUCCUUUCUCACAAAGUUCCAUGCCCCAGUUCCAAUCGAUUACUGGUUGGGGUGAUGAUGGCUUUAUUUUUUUUGGAAAAGGCAAAAUCAUGAGGUGUUGAGACUGCGAUGAGAUUACUCUCAUUGUAAUAAAGAAGGAAUGAAAAAGAAGGAAAAGUUUCAUGAAAUUAGACGGCAGGAUAGAGAUGAUGCCUUUCCCAAGAAAAGAUGCCGUGUGAAGGCUUACUCCAUGGAAACUGCAACUUGCAACUUUUAUUCUCCUGUCCUGAUUGAUCUUCGCUGCGUGCAUACAUAUGGCGGUCUCCGUUGCAGCCGGUAAGGACUGCUCCAACUCGAGAAGCCCUAUUUUCAUAUAUAAAAAGAAAGAAACCAAGUCGCUCCACCUGCUACUACUUUGACUCGGACCCAGUCAGCCAAUGCCAGCAAUUGACCCUUGGUUGGCCGUCUAACCUUACUCCGAACAACAAUUUUAACGCUUUUACACACUGUUUUCAAUUGUUCAACAGUCAACAUUCCAAGUUCCAAUUCAUCAAACCACACCUUCCACACUUUCGUGAUUGCUUUUUGAAGUCAGUCUUCUUCUCUGUCCACCUCUUCCUGGGCUUGACUUUGACCACCGGAAAGCCAUACCAACAUAUAAAUACAUCACCCCAUCACUAAGAGUUUCAUAUAAUCUCUAGCCCAAGAACCUAAGUUCAAAAAAUACAUAACCUCAUCUCAGCACCAUCGUACUUGGCAGCUCAUCAUAAGAGAGAAUAGACAAUGAUUGUUUCUUGGAGAUUAAGGAGAAAGUCCAAGAAAAACAAGAAUCCAAGCCAAGAAAUCAAUUCGGACAUGGAAAUCAUGAUUCCUAGACACUUCUGUUGCCCGAUUUCUCUUGACUUGAUGAAAGAUCCGGUCACAUUAUCGACAGGAAUCACAUACGAUAGAGAAAGUAUCGAAAAAUGGAUCGAAGAUGGCAACAUAACAUGUCCGGUUACAAACCAGGUGUUAGAAAGCUUUGAUCAGAUUCCGAAUCAUUCCCUGCGCAAGAUGAUUCAAGAUUGGGGUGUUGAGAAUCGUUCUUACGGGUUUGAAAGGAUCCCUACGCCUCGUGUCCCUGUGAAACCGUACGAGGUUUCGGAGAUUUGUAGGAGGGUUAAUGUUGCAACUCAACGAGGGGAGCAAAAGAAGUGUCAAGAGCUCGUUAGGAAGAUCAAGAAUUGGGGUAAAGAGAGUGAGCGCAACAAGAGAUGCGUUGUGGAGAAUGGGGCUGGUUGUGUUUUAUCGGCUUGCUUCGAGUCCUUUGCAAGCGUUGCAAUGGAGAAGGAUGAGGAUUUGUUGGGAGAGAUUUUAUCAGUUUUGGUAUGGAUGUUCCCACUUGGUGAAGAAGGCCAAAGGAGGCUUGGAUCCAUCAAGUCUUUGAAUUGUUUGGUAUGGUUCUUGAAGAGGGGAGAUCUUUCAGCCAGGCAAAAUGCAGCUUUGGUGCUUAAAAAUCUUCUUGCUCUAGAUCAAAGGCAUGCAAAUGCCCUGGUGAAGAUUGAAGGAGUGGUUGAAGCUUUGGUUAAGUUAAUCAAGGCGCCUAUUUGCCCAACAGCCACCAAAGCUUCAUUGAUGGCAAUUUUCUACAUGACUUCAUCAUCAAGUCUCAAUGAGACGAUGAUACCAACAUUUGUGGAAAUGGGUUUGGUUUCAUUGAUCAUAGAGAUUCUAGUUGAUGGAGAUAAAAGCAUAUGCGAGAAGGCACUAGGUGUUUUGGACCAUAUUUGUGAUUGCAAAGAAGGGAGAGAAAAGGCCUAUGAGAACGCUCUCAUUGUAGCUGUUUUGAUCAAGAAAAUCUUGAAUGUAUCAGAUUUGGCGUCAGAAUUGUCAGUUUCCAUUCUCUGGAAGCUUUUCAAGAAUUACGGAGAGAGAUCAGAGGAUGGAGAUGAUGAUGCAGAAGGAGGUGUUGUAGUUGAAGCACUACAAGUGGGUGCUUUCCAGAAGUUGCUGGUCUUAUUGCAGGUGGGCUGUGGUUACAGCACAAAGGAGAAGCUUAAAGAGUUGCUAAAAUUGCUGAAUCUUUGUAGAGUUAAGUUAGAUUGUUUCGAUUCUUCAGCAGAUUUCAAGUAUGUCAAAAGGCCAUACUGAUUUUGUGUUUCUCAAUCAGUUUAGGAAAGAACUUUAAACAGAUUCAUAGAAGAUUACCAACAAAUUCAAUUGUAC